CCGUCCCCCCGCCACCUCACCGCCUCCCAUCUGCCCUGUGCACUGCUUAUCGGGUAACCGGAGCUGGGAGCUUCGUCCACGCCUGAAACAGGAAGCCCGGGCCUGUGCUGAGCCGCCGAGAGCCACCGGGCUGCUGGGCAGGAGGAUGGAGGGGCAGCGGGCGCUCGCAGCUGCCAAGGACGGGGAUCUGGCCACCCUGAAGCGGCUGCUGGAGGCCGGUGCCCUGGGCCCGGGCAUCGUCGACGCCCUGGGGGCUGGCCUGGUGCACCACGCCACCCGGGCCGGCCACCUGGCCUGUGUUAAGUUCCUGGUGCGGCAGGCCAAGCUGCCCGGCAACCAGCGGGCCCACAAUGGGGCCACGCCGGUGCACGACGCCGCUGCCACGGGCAGCCUGGCCGAGCUGUGCUGGCUGGUGCGCGACGGGGGCUGCGGGCUGCAGGACCAAGACAACUCGGGCGUCUCCCCGCUGCACCUGGCCGCCCGCUUUGGGCACCCUCUGCUGGUGCAGUGGCUGCUUCGGGAGGGCCACGCGGCCGCCCUGGAGACCCUGGAGGGGGCCCUGCCCCUGCACCAUGCCGCUGUCAGCGGGGACCUGACCUGCCUGAAGCUCCUGGUGGCAGCCCACGGCAGCGGCGUGAACCGGCGGACGCGCAGUGGGGCCUCCCCGCUCUACCUGGCCUGCCAGGAGGGCCACCUGCACCUGGCUCAGUUUCUGGUGAAGGACUGCGGUGCCGACGUGCACCUGCGUGCCCUCGACGGCAUGAGUGCGCUGCACGCUGCUGCUGCCCGUGGCCACUACUCGCUGGUCGUCUGGCUGGUCACCUUCACCGACAUUGGCCUGAUGGCACGGGAUAACGAGGGGGCCACAGCCCUCCACUUUGCAGCUCGAGGCGGCCACACGCCCAUUCUAGACCGGCUCCUGCUGAUGGGCGCCCCCAUCAUGACAGACUUCUGGGGUGGGACCCCCCUCCAUGAUGCAGCGGAGAACGGGCAAAUGGAGUGCUGCCAGACGCUGGUUUCCCACCACGUGGACCCCUUCCUACGAGAUGAAGACGGUUACACGGCGGCAGACCUGGCAGAGUACCAUGGACACCAGGACUGUGCCCAGUUCCUGCGGGAGAUAGCCCGGCCGGUGCCGCUCCUGAUGACGCCACCGCCGCCUCCGUUUCCCCCACCCCCGCUGUCAGCCGCGAGGCACUCCCCGGAGGAUGGAACAAGUGGUUCGGGUCUCGGCAGCCCCACCUCAGUGGUGACUCCCAGCCCAGCCUGGCCUGGUCAGCCUGACCAGCCUCUUCUGAAGGAGCAGACCAUCUGUGCAGCACCCCCACGGGUCGCCCCCAGCACCACAACUGUCCCCACGGGAGAGGAGAUGGCGGCGGGAGACGCCCCGAACCGCCUGGUGGCGCUGCAGCUCGACAGGCUGCCCUCGGGCGACCUCGACGGGCUGGUGCCCACGCGGGACGAGCGCGGCCGGCCCAUCCCCGAGUGGAAGCGACAGGUGAUGGUGCGGAAGCUGCAGGCGCGCCUGGGCGCAGAGCCGGCGCCCCAGGCCCAGGGUGACAGCGGGAGCGUGGGCCCCGCGGAGCAGGCGACCUGGCGGUACUCACAGACGCACCAGGCCAUCCUGGGCCCCUUCGGGGAGCUGCUGACGGAGGACGACCUGCUGUACCUGGAGAAGCAGAUCGCCGACCUACAGCUGAGGCGCCGCUGCCAGGAGUAUGAGAGCGAGCUGGGCCGGCUGGCGGCCGAGCUACAGGCCCUGCUGCCCGCUCCCCUGGUCAGCAUCACUGUCAACAGCCACUUCCUGCCCCAGCGGCCCGGAGCAGAGGGUGAGGAGGCCUCCGCCCCAGCGGCCGAGCCCAAGGGCCCCGCGGGGGCCUCGGAGGCCGCGCCCGGUGAGCAGCCCCUGCCCUUUUGGUGCAGCCACAUCGCCCGGCUGGUGCGCAGCAUGUCCCUGCUGCUGAAGGGCAUGAACGGGCUGGUGCAGGGCGAGGAGAAGCCCGCAGGCCAGCCCCCGCAGGAGGCCCGCAGGGAGGCCCCUGCUAGCCCCCCCAGGAGCGUGGCACAGCGCGAGAUCCAGGAGUGCGGAGUGUCCGUGCGGACGCUGCGCGUCAACUUCGAGUCAGCCCCUGGCCCGUCCUGCGCCCCGAACCCAGGCCCCUGCGAGCCGGGGGCCCGGCCUGGGCAGUGCCAGAGAGGCUGCUGGCCCACAGCCCCGCAGCCCUGCGGCGGCCCAGUGGGAGAGGCCCCGGAGCCCGGCGACACAGAGGAGGCCAGCGACUCGGGCAUCAGCUGCGAGGAGGCCCCCUCGGAGGUGGGGGCCGCGCCCGGCCCCGACCUGGCCAACCUGCGCAAGGAGCGCAUCGUCACGCUCUUCCUCAGCCACUGGAAGAAGUCGGCCUACACACCGGCCCUCAAGACGGCGGCCUGCAGGACCCUGGAGGCCCGCCGGGCCGGGCCGCGGACGCAGGAGGCCCCGGGGGCUCGGCCACCCUCCCCGCCGCCCAGCGGGGGCCCCCGGCUCGGCCACCUGUGGCAGCAGCGCAGCAUCAUCGCCCGCCUGCUGGGCAACUGGAAGGCCAUCCUCGCGCACGUGCCGGCCCGGCAGCUGCGGCGGCUGAGCCGGCGGCCCCGCGGGCCCCUGUCCCCCGAGCAGUUCCUGCCCCACGUGGACGGGGCGCCCGUGCCCUACGGCAGCCUCACGCUGGACCUCUUCAUGCUGGGGUACUUCCAGCUCCUGGAGUGCGACCUGCCGGCCGAGGAGCGCAAGAUGCGCCACCUGCUGUGCUUCGAGGUCUUCGAGCACCUGGGCGCCCACGGCUGGGAGACCGCGCGGGCCUUCCACAAGGCCGUGACCGACGAGGUGGCCGCCGGCCGCCGUGCCUGGACUGACGGCUUCGAGGACAUCAAAGCCCGCUUCUUUGGCUCCAGCCAAAGUCCCGCCUGGGCCCCGGAGCCCGGCCGCAAGUCAGGCCUGACCCCCCUCGGGCCCCUGCCUCAUGCUGCCGCCCCCCACAGCAGCCCCAAGCCCGCGGCGCAGAGGCUGGGGUCCGGCUGCCAGCGGGGCGGCUUCGACAGUGAGGACAUCUGUGGCUACAUCGACCGGAGCUUCACCUUCUGGAAGGAGAAAGAAGCCGAGAUGUUCAGCUUUGGAGAGUGAGACAGGCGGCCAGCCGGCCUUUGGGAAUGCAGUGCUAGGGGUGGUUUCGGUUUUCUCUGCUCUUUUCUCCUUUGUCUCUCACCGGGCGGCCAGGUGAGGCCCGAGGCCAGGCUGGCGGACGCGCAGUGUGCUGGUGCCCAGGUCCAGUCCCACCGCGACAGGCUCCUCCUCCCCCGCUGUCCUGCGGGCACCUGGGAUGCUAGCCCGUUUCCUGCAAGCCCUCCUUCCAGUGCCCGAGCUUCCCGCUGUCCCAUUCCUCCAGCACUGGUGGCCCCAGGCACGGCCAGAGCCUCUGUCUGCCUCCUUCCAGGGACCUCGGGCCACCUCUUCCCCUCCCCGGGGCCUCUGUCCCCAUCUGUGAAAUGGGAGAGCUGCAGGUUGGAGAGAACAGGAUUCGAAGGGCAAGCGGCCUUCGUGUCAGGCCCUCCAAAUUCUCUGGGUCCGAGAGGUGGCCCACACGGGGGUGCCCGCCAGCCAGGGCAGCCGCCUGCCUUCAGACGCGCACUCUGCUGCUGUGUCCUGCUCCCGCCCCAGGCUCUGCAGAGGGUCUGGUCCCCGGAGGGAAGGCUCCCUGUGGGCCUCCCUGUCCCGUUCUCCAGCUCACCAGCCCCAGGGUUGUGUGGCCCGAGGCCGUGCCAGCCCACCCCCCCGCCCGCACAGGCUCAGGAGAGCAGGGACACAAGGAAUUUUUCCCAGAGGAGCCGUGGCUGAAGGGGCUCC